AUGCAAGAAAUCCAGACGACUACCAUCCAGCUGGACAAGUCACUAGACUUUGUCCGUAACCUAGAAUGUCUUCGCCCCGCCGAUGUUGGAUACCGCGAUGAGUUUGAGAGGGUACGGAUAAAUGUUUUCAACGAGGAGUGCGCCGGAGGUUCCUACACAUGGAGCCCUGCCCACUACGAGAGUGGAGAAGCUGGGGCCUGCCAUGUCAGGACGCGCGACGGGAAGAAGAUGGAACCUUCACAAGUCCGGGACUCCGUUUUGAGACGGGCCAAAGCCUAUAUGCGUCACGUCAACGUCAAGUACCUGUGGAUCGAUAAAGAGUGCAUCGUGCAGGACAGCAGCGAGGAAAAGGAAAAGGCAUUUCAUGCGAUGGACUUGGUGUACCGGGGGAAAUGA